AAUAGUAGAAUUUGAGUUUACGAAAAAAACGUGUGAAAUAUUACUCAAUUAAUUUCCCUCAUCAUAUCGAUUAACAUUCACUUUCUUCGAACUGUUUACCGCAUUUGACAUCAUAAUAAUCGACCCGAACAAAAAGCCAUUACCCUCAUUAGGUAUGUUAUGGACGUAGAAAAAUAAACCAAAAGCGUGUACAUUAUUAAUGAACCAUCAGCAUCGUUCAAGAUCGAUCGGAUACAAUCGAUUUGAAAUUACUUGAUGUAAUAACAAUCCGGCUUUGUAGUAAGGUUACAUCCUUAUUCAGUUGACCAUAGAACGUUAGACCGGACACUCGAUGGGUAUGAGGUGAAUUGUAUUAUUGUUUGUUUGUGAUGGAUAAUCCAGCAUAUCACCCUGAUCCAGCAAAUGAGCAGAACAAGCGGAAUGAGGUGUUUUCAAUUUCCCAUAGAAGUUUUUCUAUACAAAAAAAUGAAGCACAUUCUAAUAGCAGCGAUUACUUAGUACCAGUGAAUUCAAGAGCCAGUCUAUUACGAAAACCGAAACUAUAUAGAACUGCUACCAUAAUAUUAGCUGUGAUCUGUGUUUUUCUCCUGGUCGCUUUAAUUGUGUUAAUAGUCAUUUAUUGCGCUGACAAGCUUAUGCAUCAUUAUUGCACCACUGACGAAUGCCUCAGAUCGGCAACAAAUUUCAAGUACUCCUUGGAUUUAUCUGUUGAUCCUUGCGAAGACUUCUACAGAUACAGUUGCGGACACUGGUCUCAGGAGCAUCCAAAUCAUGGCUGGUUCACUUCUUUUUCGUCAUUUUCAGCUGUCAGUGAGAGGAUACUUUUGGAAUCCUACCAUUUUCUGAUAUCUGAUGAUAAUUCAACAGAACCGGUAGUACAGAGUAGGAUGUUGUACCGUUCGUGUAUGGAUCAAGAGAGCACGGACCAAUUGGGCUUUACCGUUAUCUUCGAUUACUUGGAGAAGGUGGGAUUACCCAAAAUUCCAACACUUCUCUCAUCUUUGCCAGACGAUGAAAAAUCUAAUUAUAAGACGGAUUGGUUGAAGUUGGAAGUUGCCGUGAAGAAGAUAUUUCGGAAAGAUGUCUACUUUGGAUUCAUUGUUGACGUGAAUACCUACAACGUGUCAGCAAACGUCAUGUAUAUCGGUAGUCCGGGAAAUCAGUGUCCUUUACCAAGUCCUUUCCGAAGUACUAAAGUAGAAGAAGAAUUCAAGUUUCUGAAGAAAACUAAGGCAUCGGACACGAAUAGAAAAGAACUCAAGAAUAAAAUAAGGGGAAAAAUUAUAAAAUAUGUGAUCACCCAGUUGAUGAACAAUUCGACCGCUGAGAAACCAUCCGAAGAGCUUUUGGACCAGGCUGCUUUCGUCAUAAAUAAUAUCACAAAUACAAUUAACGAGCUUACCGAUAACUACACAUCAUCUACAUCCGAGCCUGUCAACUAUACUUUCACAAAUCUUCAGCAGGAAAUCGACAAAUUCACCAACGAUAACGUCAACAAGAAUAUGUCGGAUUUUCUUCGGAGAUAUGUCGAACAACUAUUCCAAAAUGUUGAAAAUGUGACGAUAGAUUUUGACAAAGAUCCAAUAAAUCUUGUGGAGGAAGAAAAGUGGUAUCUUUUUCAUGCUAUGUCUUACUUAUUAGAUACUUCUGACAUAUACCUUGAACUGUAUCUUUGGUGGACCGUCGUUUUUGACAUGAUAUAUAACACAACAACUGAUGUGAUAGAAUAUAUUUCUAAGGAAGCAGAGAUACUUUAUUCUUCGCCGGAGACCAACUCCAGAUCAAGGUCGAUAGAGUGUGUGGAACUAGUAAAUUCUUUUAUGGGAUUGGCAGUUACAUAUGGAAUUGCUGAUAGAACUUUCGCGAACAGCAGUGGAUUAAAGGUCAAGAAUAUGUUGGAUGAUAUAAGAGAAGCAUUCCAAGAGAGCGUAGAACAUCUAACUUGGAUGGAUGAAGAGACAAAAAUGGCCACCCUUGAAAAAUCGAAUAAUAUGUACAGCUUUAUUGGUUUUCCAAGCUGGCUUUUUGAAGAGGGAAAAUUAGAAGAGUAUUACAAGGAUUUGGAAAUGGAGGAAGACACAUUUCUUCAAAAUAUGAUGAGACUUAUCCAAAGAGAAAUGCCGAAAAAUCUAGCGAAGUUGAGAGUUAUAAAUGAAAAAGAGUUUUCUGUUAAUCCUACAGAGGUCAAUGCUUAUAAUUCCUUCGCAGAUAAUUCGAUAAUUGUUCCACUCGCAUUCUUGACGUAUCCAAUGUACCAUUUGGGAUUAGAAGUACUCAAUUAUGGUUCCAUUGGGAGUGUACUUGGGCAUGAACUGACUCACGGUUUCGAUAAUAAUGGGAGAAAGCACGAUAAAUAUGGCAAUUUCAAACAGUGGUGGUCGAAUGAAACUAUUGAAACAUUUGAAAUGAAAACGGAAUGCUUCAUUGAGCAAUAUGACAACUUAACCAUUCCUGGAGUGGAUGGAGUGGUUUCAGGAAAGAGAACUCUUGGAGAAAACAUAGCUGAUAAUGGAGGUUUGAACAAUGCCCUAAUUGCUUACAAGAAUUAUAGGAAACGUUCUGGUUAUGAACUCAAACUGCCAGGUUUCGAUAACUAUACACAUAACCAAUUAUUUUUCAUAGCAUUUGCGAGUAUAUGGUGCGAGAGUGCUGUAGCGUCUGAUAUAGAGACGCAGCUUGAAACAGACGUACACUGUCCUAAUUCUGUUAGAGUAAAUAUGGCUGUGAGCAAUUCCAUAGACUUUGCGGAGGCUUUUCAUUGCCGCCCCGGAACAAAAAUGAACCCAGUCGAUAAGUGUAAGAUUUGGUGACUGAUAAAACAUAUCUACAAACAAUAUAAUUUAUUGGCUUUCAUAGACUCUAAUAAAAAGUAAGCAUAGAAAACAAUUUGUGAUGACUUAGAAAACUCCAGUGUGAUAAAAUGUGUGAUUUGUUGAAAUAAUAUUAAUAAAAUUUUA